AUAAUUGCAGGAUACAAGCCUAAUGAAAAUGAUUGCUGAAAUGAGAUUCUGCAUGGAAAUUUAAUUCUGAGAUUGAGCUUCGUCUCAUACCUCCUCUGAGUGCCCUAUACAGUUGUUUAUGGGCUGUGGAUCAUCUGCUGCUCUUGCAUCUGCCUCUCAAAUACAAACCUUGCGUACAAAAGAUGCUGGCUCUCAAACAAAUGUCACUGUCCUAGUUUCUGCCACCCCAGAGUCUCGAACAGAAGCUCAUGAUGCUAGAAAAGAGCUUAUCAUGCAGCACAGAUCUCAAGCUCUAGCUAAAGCUCAAGAGUUGAGUAACAGUAAAAGUGGCUACAAUACAGCAACAUACACUGGCAGCGGCAUGUCCACUCCCCGUUCUGCCUACAGCCGGACUCAGAAAUUUAGAGGUUCACUUGGCAGCUUGUCCGAUUGUGACCUUAAAUCUCGUUCUGAAGUUUUGACAGUUGAUAUCAAUAACAGUAGAACUAAUUUGAGUGACAGAUCGAGCAAUGUUAGAAGAACACAAGUUAGCUUUAGAAACGAGGAAUACAACAGGAUGGCGACUGCCAAUGUCAAAAAACGUAGAAGAUCCUACCUCAAUCAAACAAAAACUCCGACCACUAUCUUGAGAAAAGGGCGGAGAGUUUCUGUGGCAGGCAGCAAUCAUUCUGAGAGUUCUGGAACCAAUUCAAUCAAUAAACAAGCUGAUACUGGCUAUGAUGGCAGUGUCUCAAGUGGACCAUCACAAUCAACCCUUACCAACGCAGCCGGAAAAUCAACAUCUGAUCAUUCUAAUCCCAGUAACAUAUCCACUAAACCUAGCACUGUCUCCACUAAGCCCAGUGGGGACCUGCUUAUUACUCAGACUCUGUCAAAUGAAACAAACCCUGGCAGGUUAAGUGUUGUUGUAAGUAUAGACGAGCAGAGUAUACUACAUGAUGCUAAAAACAGUGAUCAAGCUAAUGCAGAUUCUUCUAAAAAUAUUGCUGAUGGCUUAUCACACAAUUUAUCAUUGCAAGAUACAACUGCUGGGGAGCAACUAGAAACUGUUAAAAAUAUUCCUUGUGAAGACGUUCCUCAAGUUGAUCCUUUGGACGAAAAAGGAGUCCAUAAUUCAGAUAACGGUUCCUUGGAAACAGACAAAACUUUAUCGAAUCCAGAUCACCUAGAUUUGGAUUCUGGUAACCGUCUUGAAAAACCUAUUGAUACUCCUUUGACUAAUGGGCUUAUAUCUGAUUUGCCAGGAACGAAAUUAAAGCCUUUUGAGGAGCCAGCAACCAAACUAGUGAAUGGUAAUGUGAUUAUUGUUACAGCGUCCCAAAUGCUAGUAAAAUCAGACAGUGUUUCAUCAAUAAAAAAGGUGGUGAACAUUUCUACUUCUAGUCAGGGGGAUGGCGGUGGUUUGACUGCGAUCGAAUAGCAUUUUCGACAACUUUAUCUGUAUUCAGUAUUGGAAUGUAAUGUUAAAUUGGUUGUAAUAUACAAUAAUAAUGUACAUUAUACAAUGGUGCAUGAGUGGGAGGGAAUUUGGGAGAUUUUUGGGAGAAAAUAAUCAAUAAAAUUAAAGAUAGUCUGAAAAUAAUUGUGAUUGAUUUUGAUAUUGAAAUUGAUGUAUUCGUUUUUAGUUCAGAAUAAAUCAGUAAAAUUAAAAUGAUUAUACUAGCUAUAUCAAGAAUGUAGAAAUGCGAACGGGUGAACAAAUCUUAUUCCAAGCUAUUCAAAUGACAAAAAUCUUGAUUACUUGAACUACCUACCAAGCUCAACAAUAUUUUUAUAAUAGCUUUGAAUUUGAUUACCAUUCUGACUACUCAGCUGACAAUGUUGAAUAACAUACCAUGCUUUUACCUUUUUUAUGUGUAUUUUCUAGGGCAGCAUUUUCCGUUGCUUAAUUCAUUAAUUAUAUUAUGUGACAGUUUUCUAGAACAACUUAAGUAAGUUUUUGAUUUUAGUUAAUUGCCGCUCA